GUUUUUGUUUUGAUUUUGAUUUGUUGUGGGUUUCUGUUUUACUUCUAUUGUUUUGUGGGUUAUCUUCAUGAGUAUUGGGUUUGUAUGUUGCAGGCGCUGUCUUCGGUGGAUGGACGGUGAUGUGGGCGGUCGGCGGUCCGGGCUGCUCUUCCACUCGGCGGGCAACAUCCUUGGACUCCUGGUGUCCGGCGCGCGGUGGUAUGGGCUGUCCCUCUACCUGAUGGAUGUCGUCCUCGGCCUGGCGGGUGAUGUCGUCCGGCUUCUCUUGGCAUUCUGCGGGUGGUGGUACGGGUUGUCCCUCUACGCUAUCGAUGUCAUCCUCAGCUUGGCGGGCGAUGUCGUCCGGCUCCUCUCGGCGUUCUGCGGGGUGUGGCACGACUUCAGUCUUGACAUUCUCGGAUGAUGUUUGCCCAAUAUAGCGGGAUGAGUGUGUGGUCUUCGGUCAGCGGUGGGGAUUCUGUAGUGUGAAGUACAGACGUCUGGACCUCUGGGACGGCGGUGCAUGGGCGUUUCUCCUGCGCGACAUCUUCCGCCCUUGAAGUCGCCGAUGUGGGCUCCAGGAUGCGAUGUGGUUCUUCCAUAAUUUAUCGGAUGAUACAAUGAUGCAAGUGUGUUGAAACGACCGCAAAUAUGUGAGGUUAUGUGAAACGAUUAUAAGUGAAUGAUCAAAAUUGAAAUAGUGU